UUUUUUAUGGUUCUUCUUCACCCCAACUGUAUUAGUACUGUUCGUCUUUCAGAAAAAACAAUAAUAGAUAGAGGAAAAAAGAAAGAAACAGAGAAGUGAGAAAAAGCCCUUAAAACUCAAACACUAAAAAAUUUUCAGUGUCGAUUCAAAAAGUUUUGUUAUUUGAUCUGUUUCUGUGUAAAAAAAAUGGUGAAAGAUCUGGUUGGGUAUAGAUUUUAUCCAACGGGAGAGGAAUUGAUAAACCAUUAUCUAAAGAACAAAAUUUUGGGUAAGACUUGGCUCGUCGACGAAGCCAUUAGCGAGAUCAACAUCUGUAGUUACGACCCAAUUUACUUGCCUUGUAAGUUUCCUCACUUCAAAAUCAUCAUCGUUGUCUCAUCAUCGGUCAUUUCUAAUUCUGGAUUUGUUUGGUUGUUGUAGCUUUAUCGAAGAUAAAAUCGGAUGAUCCUGUGUGGUACUUCUUCUGUCCAAAGGAGUAUACUUCUGCGAAGAAGAAGGUAACGAAGAGGACUACAAGUUCAGGGUAUUGGAAAGCUACUGGUGUUGAUAGGAAAAUCAAAGAUAAGAGAGGUAAUCGCGGCGAGAUUGGGAUAAAGAAGACGCUUGUGUAUUAUGAAGGUAGAGUUCCUAAAGGUGUUUGGACUCCUUGGGUUAUGCAUGAGUAUCACAUCACUUGUUUGCCUCAAGAUCAGAGGAACUAUGUUAUCUGCCAAGUGAUGUAUAAGGGUGAAGAUGGAGACGUCCCAUCUGGUGGUAACAACUCGAGUGAGCCGAGUCAAUCUUUGGUCUCUGAUUCGAAUACUGUCAGAGCUACGAGUCCCACAGCGCUUGAGUUUGAGAAGCCAGGUCAAGAAAAUUUCUUUGGUAUGUCUGUGGAUGAUUUGGGGACUCCAAAGAAUGAACAAGAAGAUUUCUCUUUGUGGGAUGUACUGGAUCCAGACAUGUUAUUCAGUGACAAUAACAAUCCUACUGUGCAUCCACAAGCUCCUCACUUAACCCCGAAUGAUGAUGAGUUUCUCGGUGGAUUGAGGCAUGUUAACCGAGAGCAGGUUGAAUAUUUGUUUGCCAAUGAAGAUUUCAUAUCCAGACCAACCUUAUCUAUGACCGAGAACCGCAACGAUCACAGGCCAAAGAAGGCUUUGUCAGGGAUUAUUGUUGAUUAUAGCAGUGAUAGUAAUAGUGAUGCUGAAUCGAUAUCUGCAACGAGUUACCAAGGAACAUCAAGUCCAGGUGAUGAUAGUGUUGGUAGUUCGAAUAGACAAUUUCUCCAGACUGGUGGAGAUGAGAUUCUAUCGUCUUGCAAUGAUCUACAAACCUAUGGAGAACCUUCCAUCAGUAGUAGCACCCGGCAAUCUCAACUCACACGAAGCAUCAUACGACCAAAACAAGAGGUGAAACAAGAUACAUCAAGAGCGGUUGAUAGUGAUACAUCCAUAGACAAGGAGUCAUCUAUGGUGAAGACAGAGAAGAAGAGCUGGUUUAUUACAGAGGAAGCAAUGGAGAGAAACCGCAACAAUCCACGGUAUAUCUAUCUCAUGAGAAUGAUCAUAGGCUUCAUUCUCUUGCUGGCUCUCAUUAGCAACAUCAUAUCGGUGUUACAAAACUUGAACCCGGCGAUGAAGUUUGAUCGCGAGAGAUAGACAAAAGCUAGCAGAUUGAUCAAAGCACUCGUUUUUACUUUGCUUUUAUUUAUUUCUAUUUUCUUCCGAAAUUUUGAUGUAUAUAUGUGUGUGUAUGUAUGACCAAGAGGUAUGUCUUGUACCUAAAGUUAAAUAAAAUUUAGGGUUUGAAAAUUUUAUAACA